AUGAUAUGUACAGUGCCCUGUGUGGUGUCCAGGAUAGCUGUGUGUCCAUGAUUCUCGGGGUGUGUCCAGGCACAGGCCAGUGUGAAGGAGUCUGGCCACUCCUGGGUGCCUCUGCCCCCCAACCCCCCACCCCCACACACCUGCAUGCAACUGUGCACACCUGUCCACUGAGCAGGCUCACCCUCUUCCCUGCAGGGUGCCUUCAGCCGCUGCUACAAACUGACCGACAUGUCCACCAGCGUCGUGUUCGCCCUCAAGGUGGUGCCGCGCAGUGGGGCCGGUGCCGGGCGCUUUCACUCCUGGGGGAAGGUGGAGCGUGAGAUCGCUCUGCACAGCUGCCUGCGACAUCGAAAUAUUGUGGCCUUCCACGGACACUUCGCUGACUGCGACCACGUCUACAUGGUGCUGGAGUACUGCAGCCGCCAGUCUUUGGCCCAUGUGUUGAAGGCUCGACAGACGCUGACGGAGCCAGAGGUGCGCUACUACCUUCAGGGCCUGGUCAGUGGGCUGCGCUACCUGCACCAGCGGCGCAUUGUGCACCGAGACCUGAAGCCGAGUAACUUCUUUCUGAGCAAAGACAUGCAGGUGAAGAUUGGAGACCUGGGGCUGGCGGCCAGAGUGGGGCCGGGGGGCCAUUGCCACCGAGUGCUCUGCGGGACCCCAAACUUCCUGGCCCCCGAGGUGGUUUCCAGGAGUGGGCACUCCUGUCAAUCGGACAUCUGGGCUCUGGGCUGCGUCAUGUACACGGUGCUGACCGGCGCUCCGCCCUUCACGACAGCACCGCUGUCGGAGAUGUACCAGAACAUCCGAGAUGGCUGCUACCCAGAGCCCGAGAACCUGUCGCCAAAUGCGCGCCACCUCAUAGCCCGCCUGCUGGCCCCCAACCCCGCUGAGCGGCCCAGCCUGGACCAGGUCCUGCAGGAUGCCUUCUUCACACAGGGUUUCACUCCAGCCCGGCUGCCCCCCCACUCCUGCCACAGCCCACCCAUCUUCGCCAAUCCCCAGGCUCUGGGAAAGCUUUUCCGGAAGGUGGGCCAGCUGCUGCUGACCCAGUGCCGGCCACCCUGUCCCUUCAUGCCCAGAGAGACCUCAGGACCAGAACAGGGCCCGGAGCUGGACUCCAUGGAGCAUGACAGUGAGGCCUCCUUGUCUGAGAGAGGGCUGCCCUGUCCUGAGGCACCUGUCAGCCUGCUCACUCAGGGGAUCCUCAAGAGUGACCCUGAGGGGCUUGAGGAUGGCCCCUGGCCAGAGGUGGAAGCUGCUGUCCGAGGCCUGAAGCUCUGCCUGCAUGCUGGCCCCCAAGCCACACAGGACCCCCCCGGAGACCAGCAGCCCCUCCUCUGGGCUCCCAAGUGGGUGGAUUAUUCUAGCAAGUAUGGCUUUGGCUACCAGUUAUCAGACGGGGGCAGUGGAGUCCUAUUCCGAGAUGACCCACAUGGCCCUGCGCCCCCCAGGGAGGAGGGGUCCUCGCUGGGACCCGUGCCGCUGCCCCUGGGGCCCAGCCUCUGCCUCCUGCGCGUCCUGGUGUCCGAGCAGACCUGCGUGCUCCUGUUCAGUGAGGGGACAGUGCAGGUCAGCUGUAGCAGCCCACAGGUCCAGCUGGUGCUGAGCGGCGAGGGUGACAGCCUGCUGUUCUCCCUGAGGGAACCGGGCCGGCCUGGCACCACCUGCCCACUGGGUGUCCUCCAGAGCCACGGCUGUGUCCCCGCCACCCGCCAGCGCCUUCACCAGGCUCUCCGCAUGCUUCAGAGCAUCUAGUGGGCCUGAGGGUCAGAGUGGACCUCUGCCGGGCCAGGCACCAUUGCUCUCCCUGUGGUUCUCCAAAGGGGUGUCCCUGGGGGCAUGUGGGAGCAUGGGGCAGGGUCCUUUCCCGGUGGCAUGACUGUUGUCCAGACUUUCUGCCUGUUAGUUUUCCAUUAAAGAAGCUUCUCUCUGUG